GGAAGGCGGCUGUUGCCGGUGGGAGUGGGGAGAAUGUGAGCCGAUGCUCUGAUCUCAUUGCGCAAGCCAGUCAGCUGCGAGCUGCCUUUCCCCCUCUCCCCUCCUCGAUUCCCCGUCAGCUGAUCCAAGAGGAGAGCUUUCUUCCGCCUCAUUCACGCUCCCCUCAUUUCCCGAGUGGAUUUUUUUUUCCAAAUCCACACACCACAAAACACAAACGCUUCUACCACCCACUUCCCAGGCGCAAGGCAACAACUCCCUCCGGCGAUUUUCUGGGUCAGCAAGAUUUGGGGAGGAUUUAUUCCAAAGGCUGGCCGCCGGAGCCGGAGAGAGCCGAAAGCCCCAAAAGCCCCACCAAAAAAGCCACCGCCAGCCGCGCUUGCAAACUGGAUCGCCUCGCCUCAACUUUGGUCCCAACUCCUUCCUUUUCUCCAAGCCAGAAUUGGGAUGGCUUCCAAUUUCAAUGACAUCGUGAAGCAAGGCUAUGUAAAGAUUAGGAGCAGGCGCUUAGGCCUAUAUCAGAGAUGUUGGUUGGUCUUCAAGAAAGCAUCAAGCAAAGGACCUAAAAGGAUAGAAAAGUUUUCAGAUGAGCGCGCUGCCUACUUCAGAUGCUAUCACAAGGUUACAGAACUUAAUCAUGUGAAGAAUAUAUUGCGGUCGCCGAAAGGCACAAGAAAACAUGCUGUAGGAAUAUAUUUUAAUGAUGACACAUCCAGGACAUUUGCUUGUGAAUCAGAACUUGAAGCAGAUGAAUGGUGCAAAGUCCUGCAGAUAGAGUGUCUGGGGACUCAGAUUAAUGACAUUAGCCUUGGAGAACCUGACCUAUUGGCUUCCGGUGUAGAGAGGGAACAAAGUGAGAGAUUCAAUGUGUAUUUGAUGCCAUCCCCUAAUUUAGAUGUCCAUGGGGAAUGUACCUUACAGAUAACUUUUGAAAACAUCUGUCUUUGGGACAUCCAGAAUCCCAGAGUUAAACUUGUUUCUUGGCCUUUAAGUGCCCUGCGGCGAUAUGGGCGGGACUCCACUUGGUUUACAUUUGAAGCUGGAAGAAUGUGUGACACAGGGGAAGGGCUAUUCAUCUUUCAGACAAGAGAUGGAGAAGCCAUCUAUCAGAAGGUUCACUCGGCGGCUUUGACCAUAGCAGAACAACAUGACCACUUGUUACAGAGUGUGAAAAACUCCAUGAUGAAAAUGAGUGAUCGGGCUGUUUCCCUUGGCACCAUGGUCCCUUUGCCACGGAGUGCCUAUUGGCAGCACAUCACACGGCAACACAGCACUGGGCAGCUCUUUGGCUUACAAGAAAGUCCACUGAAGAUUCAUCGAACAGAAACUUUCCCCACCUAUCGAUCAGAGCAUUGAUAAAAGAGAGCCAAGGACUUUCAGAAUACGUGUGCCUGUGUCUUGCAAUGAACAAAAUGUAAAGAGACUUUCAUUGACAUUGGACAACAAUAAACAAAUAACAGCAGAUAGAAGAGAGGAAGACCGGAUUAAGAUUGCAGGAUAAUUUUAUAAAACGUCUUCAGCCAAAGGAAGUGCAGCCUGAAGAUAACUUUGGAAAGUCACUCCAUUUGAUAGUUAUGUCUGGAAAUACAAAACUAUCCCACAGUGUGAUUUUAUCCCCCUCUUGAAUAUAAUUGAUAUAGGUUGAUGAUUUGUCCUAUGGUAUAAAUUGUUGAAGAUUUUUCUUCAUUAAUUUUGAUGGUAUCUUAGAUUAUGUAGUUUACCGUCUUUGUGUAUUUUCUCUUUACUUCAGUGUCCCAAUCCAUCACUGAGCGUAGCACUUUUCAUAAUAGUGACCAGUUUUUUUUGGAGCUGGAAUCUGUUGUCCUUGUCUAUUAAAAGUCUGGUUAAGACUCAUCUAAGUUAUCAAAAAGA